UGUGGAUCCCGCAGCGUCUGCAGCACGUACAGGCAAUCAUGAGUGAUCGAAAGGCAGUGAUCAAGAAUGCAGACAUGUCAGAGGAGAUGCAGCAAGACUCUGUGGAGUGUGCUACUCAGGCCUUGGAGAAAUACAACAUUGAGAAGGACAUUGCUGCUCACAUAAAGAAGGAAUUUGACAAGAAAUACAAUCCCACUUGGCACUGCAUCGUGGGAAGGAACUUUGGCAGCUAUGUGACUCAUGAGACCAAGCACUUCAUCUACUUCUACCUCGGCCAAGUCGCUAUUCUUCUUUUCAAGUCUGGUUAGACCCAUGGACUGUUACUGAACCUUGCACGUGUCUCAGGACUGCACACUAACUCCAAACAGCCUCCUACCUUCAGCCUUCCUGAGGAAGCAGACCUUGAUCUUCAGGUCUUUUGUUGCAUUGUUAAUUGUCAGGGAUUUUGCUGUGGCAGCC